GACUCACUCGGCUCCGACUUGGACAGGCUCUUUGACCUCAGCGGGUUGUUCCACGGCCAUGCCCAGGACCCGGGUUCUCCUGCUUGCGGUAUUUACCUUCAUUGCUGGACCAUCGCCCCAAACUGUGAGUGCUCGAGUGACUGAUACAGACUCCGAAGGGUUCGAGUUGAGGAACGCAGUUACUAACGCAGAGACCCAGUGCUCAGCAGGCUUGCACCGUGGAGGUCAAUUCUGCUGCCAGCCAUGUCCUCCUGGCAAAAGGAAAGCUGCUGACUGCACGUCUGAUGAAGGUGAACCAGUGUGCGUGCUCUGCAAAGAAGGGGAAGAGUACACAGACAAGGAGCACUAUUCCCCUAAAUGCAGACGAUGUGCAUUUUGUGAUGCAGGACUCGGCUUAGAAGUGGAAAGAAACUGUACGCGAACCCAGGAUACCAAAUGCAGAUGUAAAGCAAACUUUUAUUGUAGCUCUUCUGUAUGUGAGCACUGUGAGCCCUGCAUCACGUGUGAACAUGGAAUCAUUGAGAAAUGCACACCAACCAACAACACCAGAUGCAAAGAAGAAAUUACAGGUUUCGACUGGCGGUGGUUGUUUAUGCUCAUGCUCCCAAUUUUGCUAGUUUUGGGGCUAUAUAUUUUUAGGAAAUGCUACAGGAAGAACAACUUUUACCAGAGCUCACCUCCUGAAACAGAAACAGUGCCACUGAAUUUCUCAGAGGCUGACUUUAGUGAAUAUAUACCUAAGAUUGCUGAACUAAUGAUGCUAAAUGAUGUUAGAAAAUUUGUUCGAAAGAAUGGUGUCCCUGAAGCCAAAAUAGACGACAUCAAGAAUGAAAGUCUCCAAGAUGUAGCUGAGCAGAAAAUUCAACUGCUUCGUAGUUGGUAUCAGGUUAAUGGGAAGAAAAAUGCAUGCCACACUUUCAUUACAAGCCUCAAAGCAGCCAAACUUGCUGCUUAUGCACAGAAAGUUGAGGAUAUCAUCCGGGAGGACAUGAGACGCAACCAUGAAAAUUCAAACUUCACAAGUGACAAUGAAAACCAAAGCUUGGCCUAGAGCUCAAAACAACUAGCUCAGUGUUGAUUAUGUACAGUCAGUAAAUAGAAAACUUAAUGUGAAAAAUUUUUUCAGUAGUAGAAGGUUGUAAAUAUUGCUUGACUUGUUAGUGAGUGCAUUUUAUUUUUCUGUUUAUUAGAUUUGUAGAGCCAGUAUGUUGAUUUACAAGUUUUGAAGACCUUGUAAGAAUGUCAGCCUUUAAGAAUGUUCAAAAUCUAGGUAAGAAGACAGACCCCAUCAAGAGUAAAUGCAGUAGUAUAGUAAGUACCCAAAUAGGAGUGUAUGCAAAGGAAAAGAAGAAGCUUAGUGUCGUGUUCUAACAUAUAAUCCUACAGAAAUUAAUAUAAUUAAUAUAUGUUGGUACAAAUGCCUACCCACGGGGUGAGCCUGUUCCAUGAAUCGGUAGAAUCUAUGACCCUCUGUUGCAGUGUCAGUCACUGGAGUAGGUACUUUGCCUCUAUAUUAACUACCAGACUCCACGAUGAGAUUUUACCAUAUUUGUAAACCUGGAGUAGCAUGUUCAGGUAAAACUUGCAUAUAUAGUUGAAUAAUAAUAAACUUCUACCUCAAAAAUCUUUGCAGAAAUCAUUGAUAUUUUACUGUGUAAUAUUUCAGUUUUGAAUUUUCAUGGAAAAUGCAGAUAAAAUUACAAUGCUUGAAUAUUUUCUCUAUAUAUGCUGUUUUACUUGACAAAAUGAUCUAUCUACCUCUUACUCAGCUGUCAUAAGCAUUUUGAGCAGCAGAGUAUAACUAGAGUCUUGUUACUUCUCCAUUUUCUCCUUGAUGAUCACCUUGAUAAGUGUAAUACACUCCUAAGCCUGUAAAGAUUGCCAAAGAAAUAUUUAGUGAUCCCCCCAAAAUCAAGACUGCCCUUCAAAAUCGUGGAUAUGUCUGGAGAGACUAAAGAGUUUUAUAGGAGGUAGUUUUAUGUCAUAACGUGAGCCCCUGUCUACCACCAGUGGUGAUAGGUUCUUACUUUUCCCCUAUGCUGGAGAAUGUUCAUUAGCUCUCUGUGUGUCCACCUGGCUCCAAAGGGCUGCUGGCACUCAGCAAAGCUAACAUCAUCCUCAGGAUUUGAGAACUACACUUGUUACUCUUUAGUGCUUACACAAACAAACUUUUCUGCCCACCACUACUUUGUUGCGUUUUACAUUCAAACAUUCUGAAAGUUUUUUUAAAUGUGAAUUUUAAUAAAUAAUAUUUAUACUUAUAUAGAUGUACAAUGAAGUGAAGAUAGCUAUAGCAUGAAACAGAUAUUUAGAAUUCCCUAAAGAGCUACAAUUUGUGGAGAAUUAUUUUGUGAUAUGUUUGGAAAUACACAAUGUAGAUUAAAAUAUUUCAUUAAAGUUUUGAGUAUUUUGAGUUA